CUCAUCCCACUCAUAUACCCCCUCCUCCUCCCAACAACCCAUCUCUUCUCCCCGCCGCCGCCGCCUCCUCCCCCUCCUCCUCCUCCUCGUCGCCGCUCGUCGCUCCCGCCGCCGCGCCACCGCCGUCAGCCAUGGCACCGAAGAAGGAGAAGGCGCCGGCGGCGUCGUCGAAGCCGGCCAAGUCGGGCGGCGGGAAGCAGAAGAAGAAGAAGUGGAGCAAGGGCAAGCAAAAGGAGAAGGUGAACAACGCGGUGCUCUUCGACCAGGCCACCUACGACAAGCUGCUCACCGAGGUGCCCAAGUACAAGCAGAUCACGCCCUCCGUCCUCUCCGAGCGACUCAGGAUCAACGGGUCGCUGGCUCGCAGGGCCAUCAAGGACCUGAUGGAGAGGGGGCUCAUCAGGAUGGUGUCGAUCCACUCCAGCCAGCAGAUCUUCACCAGGGCCACAAACACCUGAUUUACCUACCUCAUGUGUUAGCUGCCUGUUUUCUAGUCCAGUAGACUGAGAUGUCGCUGUUAUAUUGACGUUCAUUAUGUUCAGCGAGGCACUUUGUGGGUCUUGUCUUGCGCUCGUGCCACAAGUAUGUUUGAAUUGCUUUUGAGUUUUUGGUACAAUCUAAGACGCAAUGAAAUCUACCUUAUAUUA